AUGGAGACUGACAGCUAUACUUCAAACCUAGCUACCAGUGACUGGGCUGGGACAGUGACCAGCCUUGGGGGACUGGGACUCCUUGAGGAACAAGGAGGAAGAGGUCCAUCCACCAGCGUGGCAUCCUGGUACAUGCCAUAUCCACUAAGCUUCCAGGUAUCUCUAACUGCCUUCCUCAUGCUGGAGCUGGUGCUUGGAUUCGGUAGCAACCUAACAGUGCUGGUGCUCUAUUGCUCCCAGUCCAACCUGGUGGACUCUGUCAGCAACACGGUGACUGUCAACCUGCAUAUCCUGGAUGUGGCAGUGUGUGUGUUGUGUCUGCCCCUCACUCUGGUGGUGGUGCUUCUUCCCCCGGGUCCAAACUUGGCCCUGCUCUGCUGUUUUCAUGAGGCCUGUGUCACUUUUGCCAGCAUUGCCACCGCCAUUAAUGUCCUGGUCGUCAGUUUGGACCGCUAUGACAUUUCAGUGCGGCCAGCCAACAGGUUGCUAACAACACGCAGGGCUGCGCUACUCCUAGCUGCUGUUUGGGUCACCUCUAUAGCCGUGUUCUUCAUCCCAUUCCUGGAGGUGGAGUUUUUCAGUGGAGGGAGCAUGGCAGAAAAUGGACCAGUGAUGCCCACUUCCAUGCCAGCCUGGCAUAACCGGACACUGCUGUGUGUGGGUGGGCAAGGCUACCACACAGGCUUGGGUAUGUACUACCACCUUAUACUGCAGGUACCCAUCUUCUUUGCCACAGUGGUGGUCAUGAUGUUCACCUACUACAAGAUACUGAGGGCUUUAAACAUCCGCAUCGGCUCCCACAUCAAGAGGGGCCAGCGCUUCAAGGGCCCCUCCUGCAGAGGGCUCCAUAAGAGACAGAAAAAGAGGAAGGCAGGGCUUGGAGUGACAGGUGGUGGACAGGUCAAAGGGGAGCCAUGUACAACUGAUGGGUCUAAACAGCUCAGCCAUCCCCCCCUCAUCCCUUCCCCCACGCCUACCCCUACAGCCACCUCCCUCCUACCCCUGUCAUCCCCUGCUCCACUGGUCACCUCGGACGUGAGUGCAGCAGCUCGUUUACCAGCUGCCUUGGGUGUCCAAGCCUCUGUUUCUGCCAUCAUUGCUCUACGGCGGGCAGUGCGGCGCCACAGGGACCGUCGUGAGCGCCAGCGGAGAGUAUUCAGGAUGUCCUUCCUCAUUAUCUCCACCUUCCUGGGCUGCUGGGCUCCCCUCUCUGUUACCAAUAUGCUGAUCCUGAGUGUGGGACCCAGUGAUGCCCUGGUCAGCCUUCGUCUUUGGUUUCUUGCCCUGGCAUAUGGCACCACUGUCUCCCACCCUCUGCUGUAUGCCUUCACCCGUCAGAAGCUGCGCGGUGCCCUCCGUGCCAAAGUGAAGAAGAGAGUGGUGUCCUUACUCCAAGUGGACCCCUCCCCAGGAGGCACAGUUAUACAUAACUCCUGGGUGGAGAACAAAAAGAGCUGUCGGCAAGUGCGACUGGAAGCAAGUGAAGCCACAGACGGCUGCCUGGCGGAGGCCCUGUGA